CACUAAACUACGGCCCAAAUUUGCCGACGAGUCAGUCGCCCCUCUCCUCCGUUUAUGCUUUAUAUCCCCCGCACCCCUAAUUUUGCUUCCUGAUCGAGUCACCUGAGGACUAUUCUUUCAUUAUUCUCUCUAUUUCCGGCACCAAUACCAUCGUUAACCUAUCUAUGGCGUUGAACAACGGAUUGAGAUCAUGCGCUUCAAAGCUGCUUGUCUCUGCCGAGUCGUCUCUCGCUAAGUCUGUACAAAGAGCGGGUAUCCAUUCGACUGGAGCAAAGAGAAUGGGAGGACAUGCACAUGGUCAUGAUGAGCCAGCGUACUUGCAUUCAAAGCACAUGUACAACUUGGACCGCAUGAAGAACCAGAAGCUGACCAUGACUCUUGGUGUUUUCACUGCUUUCAGCAUUGGUGUUGGAGUACCAAUUUUUGCUGUUGUCUUCCAGCAAAACAAGGCUAAAUCUGAUUUUGACAUGUGA